UCCCAAGCCAACCCAUUCGCUCCCGCGCCCCAAAAUCUUCGCUUUACCUUUCUUCCAUGGCCACUCCUUGCAUUCUCCUCCUCCUCCCCCUCUUCCUCAUUCCCAUCUCCUCCUCUUCAUCCUUCCCUCCUUCGUCCCUAGUUCUCUCCUCCUGCGCCCACGCACGUUACCCUUCUCUCUGCAUCCGCACCCUCUCCCCCUCCGCCGCCCGCACCCCCCCCGCUCUCGCCGUCGACGCCGUCUCCGCCGCCGCUACCUCCGCCCACAGCGCUCUCUCCUUCCUCCACCGCUUCUCCCAUCCUCCGCCCACCGUACGCGAUUGUGCCGAGCAGAUCUCCGACUCCAGGGACCAGCUCGCUAGCGCGGCGGCCGAGAUCCGCAGCCUCCGGAGAGAAAACUCGCGGUGGCAGCUGGACAACGCACUGACAUGGGCUAGCGCCGCGCUUACUGAUCAGGACACCUGCCUCGAUGCCAUCCGCCGACUACCUCCUUCAGCUCGCCGCUCCGUCUCAGCACACGUAUCGGAGGCUCGGAGAGUUACGUGCAACGCGCUUUACUUUGUCUCUCGUCUCGCAGGCGCCACCCCGCACCGCCGGCGCUGAGAAUAAUAGGUUUUUUUGUGUGAGGUUUAGUAUUUCUUGAAGGUUUGUUGGCAUGUGUCGGGUUGUGUGUCAGUGGGUGUGAGUUUUGUUUAUUGUAGUUGUUUGGUUUGGUGUGGGUUUAGGAACUAGAAAAUGGUAUAUUGGGAAUGCGUAUGCCAAGCACUCGUAGUCGUA